UGUUCUGUAUGGUUUUCCUUUUCGAAUCGACCGCUUCGUGAAAAAGUGAGUGCGCGUCGCUGAGUUUCCCGCCGCGUUUUUCGCCGAUUUUCGAUUUUCGCGUGCGUGCGAACAACAACAACAGCAAGAUAUUGGCCCAAAACGAAUAAAAUACCAAGUUUAAGUUGUUCUUCUUCGUUUUCGGAUACCCCUUAGAUCUCAAGUGCAAUAAAUAAUUAACAAAAUACGUAUUUAUCCACAAAAACCAAAAACAUUUACCAACGCAAUGGAGCGUUGCAACAACAACUGGAGUAGCUAGGAGAAGCUCAAGAAGCCGUUAUCAUUGGAAGAAGAAGAGUUGGAGCAUUGGCAACAUUUAUUAUUUCUAUAGAAAAUCAGAAGAACCGAUAACAACAUCUGAAAGACAGAAAGACCUAAAAUAUAUAUUAAAUUGACAGUAUGUGGCAAAAAACGGCCAUGAUAGAGACGGCAACAGUCGGUAGCAGGAGUGCGAGGAGAGCAGCGCUAAAUAUUUGGCAUAUAUUUCUUAUCGUUCUCGUAGCGCUGAGUUCCACGAUUUCGGCCGACGAGUCCAUCGACACCCGCGAGAAUGCCGACCUAACCCUCAAGUGCCGGUUUAACGACAAGUACGAGUCGAACGACUUUUCGUUUUUCUGGACCCGCUGGACAGCGAAUCCGGCCCAGUUCGAUAACGUGGCCAUCGGCGAUGUACAAUUGAGUUCCGGAUAUAGACUCGACUUCCAGCCGGAGCGCGGCAUCUACGAUCUGCAGAUCAAGAACGUGUCCUACAAUCGGGACAAUGGCCGCUUCGAGUGCCGCAUCAAGGCCAAGGGAACGGGCGCGGAUGUCCACCAGGAGUUCCACAACCUCACGGUCCUCACCCCGCCCCAUCCCCCCGUGAUCUCGCCCGGAAACAUUGCCGUGGCCACCGAAGACAAGCCCAUGGAGCUCACCUGCAGCAGCAUCGGCGGAUCCCCCGAUCCCACCAUCACUUGGUAUCGCGACGGUUCCAACUCCCCUCUGCCAGCGACCAUUUUGAAGGGCGGCACCAAGGAUCAGCCCACCAACGCCACACUAUCCAUUAUCCCCCGAAGGGAGGACGAUGGCGCCAAGUACCGAUGCGUAGUCAGAAAUCGUGCCAUGAACGAGGGAAAGCGACUGGAGGCCACUGCCACCUUGAAUGUGAACUAUUACCCCCGCGUGGAGGUCGGACCCGAGAACCCGCUGCGGGUGGAACGUGACCGGACUGCCAAGCUGGAGUGUAACGUGGACGCCAAGCCGAAGGUGCCGAAUGUGCGCUGGAACCGCAACGGACGCUUCAUCAGCUCCUCCCUGGUGCACACCAUCCACCGGGUGAGUGUGCAGGACGCCGGCAAGUACACCUGCAUCGCCGACAACGGGCUGGGCAAGACCGGCGAGCAGGAGCUCAUCCUGGACAUCCUCUACCCGCCCAUGGUGGUCAUCGAGUCGAAGACCCGCGAGGCCGAGGAGGGCGACACGGUGACCAUCCGCUGCAACGUGACCGCCAACCCCGCCCCCGUCACCGUCGAGUGGCUCAAGGAGAACAGCCCCGACUUCCGCUACAACGGCGACGUCCUGACCCUCACCUCCGUCCGCGCCGACCACGCCGGCAACUACAUCUGCCGCGCGGUGAACAUCAUGCAGAGCCAGGGAAUGGAGCGCAGCGAGCGCGUCGGCAACUCCACGGCGGCCCUGCUGGUGCGCCAUCGGCCUGGCCAGGCCUACAUCACCCCCAACAAGCCGGUGGUGCACGUGGGCAACGGAGUGACGCUGACCUGCUCGGCCAAUCCACCCGGAUGGCCUGUGCCGCAGUACCGCUGGUUCCGGGACAUGGACGGCGACGUGCCCAGCACCCAGAAGAUCCUGGCCCAGGGGCCGCAGUACUCCAUACCGAAGGCGCAUCUGGGCAACGAGGGCAAGUACCACUGCCACGCGGUGAACGAGCUGGGCAUCGGCAUGAUGGCCACCAUCGUGCUGGAGAUCCACCAGCCGCCGCAGUUCCUGGCCAAGCUGCAGCAGCACAUGACGCGCCGCGUGGCGGACACCGACUACACGGUCACCUGCAGCGCCAAGGGCAAGCCGGCGCCGAGCGUCAAGUGGCUGAAGGACGCGGUGGAGAUCCUGCCCGAGGAGAACCUGUACGAGGUGCAGACCAACCCGGAGCAGGGCCUCAACGGCAUGGUCACCGUGCAGAGCCAGCUCAAGUUCCGGGGCAAGGCGCGUCCCAACGGAAAUGCUUUGGUGCCCGGCGACCGGGGACUGUACACCUGCCUGUACCAGAACGAGGUGAACUCGGCCAACUCCUCGAUGCAGCUGCGCAUCGAGCACGAGCCCAUCGUGCUGCACCAGUACAACAAGGUGGCCUUCGACAUCCGCGAGACCGCCGAGGUGGUCUGCAAGGUGCAGGCCUACCCCAAGCCGGAGUUCCAGUGGCAGUUCGGCAACAACCCCUCGCCGCUGACCAUGUCCUCCGACGGCCACUACGAGAUCAGCACCACGACGGACAACAACGACGUGUACACCUCGGUGCUGAAGAUCAACGCGCUGACCCACUCGGACUACGGCGAGUACACCUGCCGGGUGGCCAACACCCUGGACACGAUCCGCGCCCCCAUCCGGCUGCAGCAGAAGGGUCCGCCGGAGAAGCCGACCAACCUGCGCGCCACCGAGGUGGGCCACAACUUCGUUGCCCUGAGCUGGGACCCCGGCUUCGACGGCGGGCUGAGCAAGACCAAGUUCUUCGUGAGCUACCGCCGCGUGGCGAUGCCGCGCGAGGAGCAGCUGAUCCCCGACUGCGCCAACAUGGCCAACUCGAACUCCGACUGGGUGGAGGUCGACUGCCAGCGGGACAUCCCCUGCCGGGUCACCUCGCUGGAGCAGCACCAGAGCUACGCGUUCAAGGUCAAGGCGCUCAAUCCCAAGAGCGGCUCGCCCUACUCCAGCGAGGUGCUGGUCACCACCAAGGUCAGCCGCAUCCCGCCCCCCCUGCAGGUCACCUACGAGCCGAGCACCCGCACCCUGGGCAUCGACGUGGGCGCCACCUGCCUCUCCCUGGUCGCCGUCGUGGAGUCCAUGGUCAACGGGGACACCCCGAUGGCCGCCUGGGAGGUGGUGGCCACCGUGGACAACCUGCAGUUGUCCGGGAACGGACCCACGCACAAGGAGAAGGUCAUCGACCGCGUCAUCGGCGCCAGGAGGAUCGGAGGAGGACGCGCCCUGGGCCACACCAUCAGCGAGGACGAGGAGGACAACGGACUGAACUCGCUGGCCCUCGAGGACGAGAACAGUCCCACCGUGCGGGUCAAGUUGUGCCUGCGGACCAACACGGAGCACUGCGGGGAUUACACGGAUGCGGAGAUUGGCAGACCGUAUAUAGCGGAGGCUAAUGCCCUGGCCACGCCCACCCUGAUCGCGAUCAUCGUGUCCUGCGUGGUCUUCGCCCUCUUCGCCGGACUGAUCCUGAUGUUCUGCCGCUGCAAGCGCAACCAGUCGAAGAAGAGCGCCGCCGCCAAGGACUACGAGAUGGACUCUGUCCGACCCUCGAUCGUGGCCGCCCAGCAGAACCAGGCCCCCCCCUACUACCCCGCCUCCGGGCUGGACAACAAGGCGCUGGAGCACUCGAUGGACCUCGCCCUCAGCAUGGAGGACCAGAAGACCGCCCUGUACGCCACCCAGAACGGGUACAGCUACCACCCGGGCAGCGGGGUGGUGGGCGUGGGCCUCGGGGGCGGCGUGGUGGGCGUGGGCGUGGGCGGCAGCGUGGUCAGCGGAAUGGGCAGCGGCGUGGUGGGCGUCGGCGGAAUCGGCGGCAGUGGCGUCGGCGUCAACGGAAUCCCGGGACUCAAUGCACACACGAUGCCAGGAAACGAAUGGGUCAACAUGGGCUACAUGGAGAACAACUACUCGAACUCGAACAACGGCGGCAGUGUCAACUCGCAGGACUCCCUGUGGCAGGUGAAGAUGUCGGCCGCGGCGGUGGGCAACCAGCAGGGCCUGGUGCAGGCCCCCCUCAACCAGUACGUGGAGCAGCAGCCGGCCUACGGAUACGAUCCGCUGACCCACGGCGGCUACGGGGCGGUGGACGACUACGCCCCCUAUCCCCACCUUACGGCCACGCCCAGCCAGGUGGGCGACGAGUACCACAACUUGCGCAACAGCCAGAAUCCGUCCCGGCAGGACUACUGCAGCGAUCCCUACGCAUCCGUGCAGAAGCCCAAGAAGCGAGUCGACCAGCACUUAGAUUCACCAUAUCACGACGUAAGCGGCCUGCCCAAUCCCUACAACAUGGAGCACUUGGAACAGGACGAGGUCCUGCCGCCGCAGCAGCACAUGUCCCUCAGCUACGAUGACAGCUUCGAGGGGGAGUACUCGACAACGCCGAAUGCCAGGAAUCGUCGCGUCAUACGCGAGAUCAUUGUCUAGGAGCUCUAGUUCGAGGCCGGAAACGGAAGCACUCAAAUUAAUAUCUUUACACCCCCCCCCCCACACACACACGCUAAAUUCCACGAUCAUCGACUCGAACCACCCAUUUUACCCUCAUUUCACCUUCCUGCUCUCCGCCAGCAGCAGAUCUUUUGAAAAGUGGCCAUUUUGAAUACUUUUUUAAUAUAUUACUCGUACAUCGACGUAGGCUUAGUUUCGGGGAUACGACGAACGUGUGUUGAGUUUUAUUGGCAGCGAAACAUAUACCAUAACCCUAGGCAUAGGACUCCGAUCUAUCGUUGCUCUAGUUCAGCACUUUGUUGACACGAACACAGACACAAAAAACAACAAAAACAGAAACACAAACACCCAACACACAUGGAUUAAACCAUCACUGGACAAGCACUAAAUGUUACGAUUUACCAGGUAGCAUAGGGCUAAGUAGUAGUUAAUAUAAUGGUCAUCUAGGUCCCAGUUGCAACAAACGAACUCUAAUCUCUAAGGCGUACUUUCAAGGGCAGGCUCGAAGGAUCGAAGCAAAACAAAAUCUCACUCUUCACCUAGGCUUAGGCUAAUUAACUCGUAAGUGAUUCUUGUUGGGUCUGUGCGACAUUCGCGAGCACAGAUCCACGACAGUAAUUUAAACAGUACGACCUGCCACAAAAUCAAGAAAAACAUAAAAAAAUCGAAACAAAAAUAAACAAAUCUUACCUUAACUUAAUUUUAAAUUUUUAAACAAAUCUGAGAAAACGAAAAACGUUGCUUUAAGUAAGUUAUACGAUACAAACAAAAAACUAAAGUGCAGAGAACUUUAACAAAUUAUUGAAAAUAAUUGAAAAAGAGUAAAGUAAAAAACAAAAAAAAUACUGCUCCAUUCUGAAAACUUUAAUUUAAUUUUUAAAAUUUACCAUCUAACGAACACUUCUGUCCUGUUUUCCAUUUGUCCAAGCUUUGUGUUGAAAUUCAAAAUUUUUAUUGUAAUUAUCGUUAAGCCAAGUAGAAAACGUUUUAUUAAGUUAUGUUAACCAAGCGGACCUAUUGAGUUAAAUAUAAAUGUUUUGUUUGUGCAUUGCGUUGUGUUUUUAACCCCUUAUCAUGUGUUCUUGCAAUUUUUUGACAAAGGCACAGACACAAAUGAGAAAUGAGAACGAGAGGAAACAUUUUUUGUAGCUAAGAUUUAAAUGUAAAUACAUGUGUAAUUUGUACAUAUUUACUUGACUUGCAAAGUAAAUAAGCAGCAGCGGCAACUUAAAUUAAAUUGUAGUUAAUUUUAAACAAUUUCGAAAUGAAUUUAACUAGUAAGAAAAGUUUAAGAGCAAAUGCCACAAAAUAAAGCGGAUAAAACGAAUUAAGAAACCUUAAGCAAACGGAAAAAUCUCGUUAAAUGAACAAAACAAAAUAUAAAACAGGCGAGCAAACGAGAACCUUUAUUAUAUAAAUUAUACACUCUAAACCAGAUAAGCGAAUAUACAUUAUAUAUAUAUAUACAUAUACACGUACAUAUACAUCUACUUAUUAUUUGUAAAUAAGUAAAGCAUAACUUUUCAUUUGAAAACCCCAAACGAACCGGAAUCCAUUAAAAAUAUAUUUGCAAACACUACAACAAAAAGCGAGACAAAAAUCAAAGCAGAUUUCUUAUUUAGCAAAAAUAUUUAAAAAUAUAUAUUUUGCAAUUUGACUGACGGCAGUGGAGUGGCACAGAAGAACACAAGCUAUAGAAACAAAUACGAAAAAGUAGAGACAGAAUCUGAGGCCCUCGGGCCUUCAAACAAAUAGAACACUUUGUUAACUAUUUUGUAUGCAUUUCUGAUUUCAUUCAAUUCAACAAAUUGCCACCCCACAAAACGGAAGAGAAAACAUUAGCUAAAAUAUUUAUGCAUACACUCAAACACUCUCAUGCAGUCACACACAUAAAUACGAAACAUAUAAUAUUUUUUUAUUCAGUUUUAAAACGAAAGGUAAAAAUAAAGCAAAACAUCAAAAAACGAAGAAUUUAAAUUAAA